AUGGCUUUCGCCAGCAGCAGCUUCGGGUACCCCCAACCACAAGCAGACUCGACGCCGCUUGACAGCAAACGGCCAGCGUUCCUCGACGAGCACGACUCUCCAGCCGUAUUGGAUCCCUCCUUGCUCGACGCUGACAUGAUGCAAAGCCCCAGCAACACCUUCCGGAAGGACUCCUUCGCCAACAGCAACGGCGUCCUCUCCCCGGCCGACUCGCAGGCCUGGGAACAUCAUCAAUAUGGCGCCGCAUUAUCGGUGGAACCAGCCUCAGCCGGCGCCUCAAAUCCAUUCCACGACGACGCACAUGCCUUCAUGCGCCAGACCAACGGACACCCCCCCUCCUUUGCCCAUCAACACCAAGCAGCAUCGUGGUCCUUCGAGCAUCCCUCUGGCGACUGCACUCCUACCACUGCCGUUGAUUUCAUGCCACCGCCCGCACACUUCGAUGCACCCUCCUAUCAAUCGACGGACACGGCACAUGGAAGCUUCAGUCAGCCACAUCCCCAAGCACAUUUCAAUGUCACGCAUCCCGAAGCCGGUUUCAUUCCGGCACCUCAAGUGCAGACUCCCAUGUCCCCUCACUCCCACCAGGACUGGAUGGGUAUGGCUCAGCAGGAAAUGGAAGGCAGGCCUUCGCACAAACGCAUGAGACCAGACAGCCCGCCACGAAACCUCAUCGAAUUCCAGCGCAGAGAUGGUAUUCGCAAGAAGAACGGUCGCAUCGAUAUUCCACAGGAGCGCAACAUUCAGACCAUCGACGAGCUCAUCGAGAAGACCACCGACGACGAGCUUCUCAAGGAACUAAAACAACAGAAGCGGCUACUACGAAACCGCGAAGCUGCGUAAGUACAACGCCGCACUGCCAUUGCCUCCGUACCAUUGACUCAUCCCCUAGACUUGCAUCACGGCAACGGAAAAAGAAACACACCGAGGAUCUUGAGAUCAAGGAGAAGGGCUACACUCACCAGAUCGCCAUGCUCGAGACCGAGGUCAACAACCUGAAGGUGGAGCGUGACCACCGUGAGCGGGAACGACAGGUUAUGGGCCAACGACUUGAUGAGGCACAGCGCAUUAUCGACAUGAUGCAGGACGAGAAGAGAGACCUCACGAUGAGGCAUAACGAGGAGGCAUCGACUCUCAGGAAGAAGGUUCAGUUCCUUACCGACCAAAUCGAAGCUGGCCCAGCACCACCGAUGUCCACCGUCGCCAGCAGUAAUGGCUUUACCGACUUCAAUGCUGAAAUGGAAGCGCUGAACAUGGGACCUCACGACUGGGACAACUUCAUCAUGGUCAACGACCUCCAGAACGAAGCGCAAGAGGACUUCCAGUUCGAGCCGAAGCCAGAACCACCGAAGGCCGUCUCCCAAGCAGUGGAGAAGAAGAGUGCACCCGCUCAAACGCAGCAGCAGGCGAAGAAACACAACGAUGGGUCUUCGGAUCAGCCAAUCGCGUCGGGCCUACUAUUCAUGCUGCUUCUCUGCGGUGCGUUUGUGGCGUCGAAGCCUGCCAGCUCGCAACCAUCGGACCUGCCCAAAAUGCCCGCAAAUGUGCGCGCGGCCGCGCCUACAAUAUUGAACAGCCUACUUUCGGAUGCCGCGCCAGUUUCACAUCACGAGCAUACUCCGACCGCUGCAAGAAUGGGCCAGGAGCCGCUACCAUCCGGUUUGGCGUACACCAACGUGAGGCAGGGGAAAAUGGACCGGAUGCACCGCACUGUGACCGCUCCCACGAAGCAGCAGGAGAUCGACCAGGCCUUUGCCCUGACUCCUGCCCAGUACGCAUCGAUGACCAACAUGGACUUUUCGAAUUACGGCCAAGUACACGCUCCGAAUCCCAACGAGCCUGCGCCACCCCCACGACGCAAUCUUGCGGAGGCUCUGGCCAACCUGGAACAGGAAAACGGUCGCAAAAGCAAGGCCGAAGUGUAUACCCGUAGCCUCCUGUGGGAUCAGAUUCCGGCAGACGUGGUCCAGCAAUUCCGGACGAUUGUCCGGGAUCACAACGACAUCGAGGCUCGGCAUCAGCAACAACAGCAAAACAACAGGCGACAAAGCCACGACUUGACGUAUAAGAUUGAGCAAUGA